AUGUCGGUAUUGUUACAGAGGGAGGAUCCCAGUAUGAAUCUUACCCUUAAUGCCUCAGCAAGAUGGUUAAUCGAGGCAUCCCGGGGGGUCCAGAAUCCCAAUAUUCUACUAGAGAAAUUCUCACAAAACAGAAAAGUGGACGACCCAACACGAUCCCUGCUCUUAACCUUUUACGUCAUCUUAGUGGUCAUUGGCGCUGUUGGGAAUGCUUUAGUAGUAAUAUCUGUAGUGCGAAAACCGGUGAUGCGAACAGCACGUAAUAUGUUCAUAGUCAACCUAGCUGUAUCUGAUGCGUUAGUUUGUUGUGUCGGUACACCACUUACAUUAAUGGAACUUUUGACCAAACAUUGGCCAUUACCAGAUUGGCCCAGUCUUUGUAAAGCCUGCGGGGCAAUACAGGCUAUAUCUAUAUUUGUUUCAACGAUCUCCAUAACAGCUAUCGCACUAGAUAGGUAUCAGUUAAUCGUCUAUCCAACUCGGCCUGGAUUACAAACAAUGGGUGCACUUGUGACAAUGUUUUUCAUCUGGUUAACAGCCUUCACUCUGGCUUCACCCCUAUAUAUAUUUAGAAGUCUAAAAAGGCACAAGGUUGGACUUUUAGGUAUGGACUUCCUAAGUUUCUGCAUAGAAGACUGGCCUAUAGAAAAUGGAAGAGGGAUAUAUUCUCUAUUUAGUUUAAUUUUUCAAUAUCUUCUACCAGUGCUAGUGGUUGUCAUAGCCCAUGUCCAAAUUCAUAGAAGGCUACGCGGUAGAAGACGGACUACCAGGAAGACACCAGCCAUUUUGAUCGCCAUAGCUGUUACUUACGUUAUAAGUUGGUUGCCUCUGAACGUUUUCAACUUGGUUGCUGACUUCAGCAAAGAUGCGAUUCUAGACGAAAAGUCGAUGACAAUAACUUAUGCUAUUUGUCAUAUGUUCGGUAUGUCCAGCGCUGUGUCAAACCCAUUACUCUAUGGCUGGCUCAAUGAUAACUUUAGAAAGGAAUUUGAAGAAAUUUUAUGCUGUUGUAGAGUCAAGAGACAAAAGAAUAAGAACUCAAGGAUCAACAAUAGAAAAAUGGACACCGAAUUGACUGCGCUUGCGCAAUUGGAGCACACUGUUACAGCAAACACAAAGACAUCACAGUGCUCACAAAUUUUCUGA